GCCCCUACAGUUACCUACUACUGCUCUUAUAGAGUUCACCCAAACCCCAGCACCCACUAUACAGACUAUCUACCGUAUAUCCAUCAUUCCAAACUUCCAAUCCAGAUAGCCCGAAAGGGCUGUGACCUGCUCUUGGUCCCCACGGUUGGAUACUUUUCCUCUGAUUACUCUCCAUACUAUCGAAAGUCUGUGCUACCUCUCUACUCGGAUCUUGCCAAGUGGGCUCCUAUGUGCGCUGACUCUGGAUUUACACAGCUGCUUUAUUCAGAUUUUGUGUAA